AUGGCCAACAUAGAUGAUCUAUUCAAGAAACCAUUAUUGCCGUCUAAACGCAAAUCUGAACCGUUACGAGAUGCCAGUAUGUACCCCUCGAUCGUCUUUUCGCCCCAAUUUUAUGAACAUUCGAAUAGGGCUGAGUCUCAAACCAUUGAAAAUGAUUUUCUCUCAGGCACACUUUAUAAAAGCGCGAAGGUGGAUGCCAACGGAGAUGUGAGCAGUAAUCGGGCGACUGCCGUGGAGGACGGUUUUGACGAGCAAGAUGAAGCUGGUCCUGAACUCCCACCAGACUUCAACCCAGACGAGGAUAUCCCGGAUGACGAGGAAGGGCGAUUUUUCGGUGGUGGCAUAUCGCGGGACACGGCUGGUGCAAUGGACUUCGUUGAAAAACUAGACCAAGGAGAUCCUGGGAACUUCGCGCUAAGUUUGAGAAUGAACCCCAAAACUAUUGACGCGAUCGAGAUUCUUGGGGAAUUGACUGAUGAAGACGUUGAAGCUGAGCAGGAAGAGUGGGAUUUUUUGGUCACUGCUAUGGUGGACGGGGAUGUUAUUGCCCUCCUGAGUCAAAAUCUUGCGCGACUUGAUGAGGACAACGAUGCGGACAGAGCCGGAGUUUAUCAUGUCAUGAGCGUUCUUGAGAACCUCGCAUCCCAAUUGCCCAUUGCCGAGAAAAUCGGACAAGAUACCGACAUGAUAGCCUGGCUGAAAAAUCGAAUCCAGAAGAAGGAAAAACCAGUGAGCCAGAAUAAGCAGUUCGCGGCCGAGAUUCUAGCAAUCUUGCAAGAUCACAGAUCAAUAGAGCACCUGUUGGGAAUAUUUUCUUCGCUUCUACGACUACUUCCUGGGGACUCUUCUAGCCGGAUACGGACGCUUGCAAAAUUCAUGGAGAAAGACUAUGAGAAGAUCAAGAAGCUGAUUAAACUGCGACGGGAAUAUGCGUCGAAAGUUUCAACAGUUGAUCAAAUAAUUGAUCAAGAACGGAAACCUAUGAGCUCGGAUGAGCAAGAGCUCAUGGCGAGUGAAUGGCUCUCUCGACGCCUGGAUGCUGGGCUCUUCUGCUUGCAGAACAUUGAUGUCAUCUUAGCAUGGCUGGUGGCAGAAGAUGACGGAGCGAAGGCAAAGAUUAAGUCUCUGCUCUUGGAGCAAGAUGAGGAUUUAGGCGUUAUCAAGGCCACAUUGCAGGUUAUCUAUCGUAAACGUGGAUCUGAUCUCGAAGUUCGCGGUCGGGAGCUGGUGAAUUUUAUCAACUUCACCGUUCGCAGUCUCUGUUCGUUCUCUCUGCUAAGCUAUACUCUAGUGCUCCGCGUCAACCACUAUCCUGGAAUUGCUACUGCGAUAUCCAAUUUGCGAACAAAUGGAAUAAAGCUUUUCCCGCCCAGUGAGAGCUUCAAACUACCCACUCCAACUCCUCACGUCCUGCGCUUCUCCGCAAGCAACCACCCUACCGAGAUCUCGUCCAGCAUGGAGGAUUACGAGGAAGAAUAUGGAGAAGAUGCCUACUAUGAUCAAGAUGAAGGGAUUACUUCAGAAGACUGCUGGACGGUGAUUUCAUCCUUCUUCGAGUCGAAAGGUCUGGUGUCGCAGCAGCUUGAUUCUUUUGAUGAGUUUAUCUCGACGACCAUGCAGGAGCUAGUGGAGGAGCAAGGACAGGUAACUCUUGACCAAACACUGGCUCCUGCUGAAGAUAAGAUAGAUCCUGUCGUUCUGCGACGCUACGAGUUAAAAUUCGGUACUGUCAUGCUUGCGCGACCGUCUAUGACUGAGGGUGAUGGUGCGACCAGCAUUAUGUUGCCCCAGGAGGCGCGACUUCGAAACCUCACAUAUGCUAGUCCCCUCUACCUUGGGAUUACGAAGAGAGUCACGGAAGGACGAGAGCGUCUCAUUGCCGAGCGCGAUGAUGCUGAGCAAGGCGAAGAGGAUAACGAUGAGGAGAGACGGAGUAGAGGAACAUAUUUGCACUGGGAACCGAAGGCUCUGAACGAGGAUGAGCCAGAAGAAGAGAACGUUUUCAUUGGGAGAAUGCCGAUCAUGUUGAAGUCGAAAUACUGCAUCCUCAAGGAUUUAAAUGAACAAUCGCUAUACAACUGGAACGAGUGUCCUUACGAUUCCGGUGGAUAUUUCAUUAUAAACGGCAGUGAAAAGGUUCUUAUCGCGCAGGAGCGAAGUGCAGGCAAUAUUGUUCAAGUUUUUAAGAAAGCUCCUCCAAGCCCAACACCGUACGUCGCGGAAAUCCGAAGUGCUGUUGAGAAAGGGUCCAGGAUAUUGUCUCAACUGUCAAUAAAGCUUUUCGGUAAGGGUGACACCUCCAAGAGCGGGUUUGGCCCAACGAUCCGAUCUACUCUCCCUUACAUCAAAACCGACAUCCCGAUCGUUGUUGUGUUCCGAGCGCUUGGUGUGGUGUCCGACGAAGAUAUCCUCAAUCAUAUUUGCUAUGACCGGAAUGAUACACCAAUGCUGGAAAUGCUUAAGCCAUGUAUCGAGGAAGGGUUCGUUAUCCAGGAUCGCGAAGUAGCUCUUGAUUUCAUUAGUAAGCGAGGAUCUUCGCCUACGAGCAUGAACCACGAAAAGCGGGUUAGAUACGCGAGGGAUAUUAUCCAGAAGGAAUUUCUUCCUCAUAUCUCACAGAGUGAAGGUAGCGAGACGCGGAAAGCAUUUUUCUUGGGAUACAUGGUUCAUAGACUUCUUCAGUGCGCUCUUGGCCGUCGAGAUGUCGAUGAUCGUGAUCAUUUUGGAAAGAAGAGACUGGACUUGGCCGGUCCACUACUCGCCAACCUUUUCAGAAUUCUGUUCAUGAGAGUCACGAAGGAUCUUUACAAAUACGUCCAAAGAUGCGUGGAAACUAAUCGGCAAUUAUAUCUAAACAUUGGUGUGAAGGCUAGUACCCUAUCUGGUGGUCUUAAGUAUGCUCUUGCUACAGGUAACUGGGGUGAGCAGAAAAAGGCGGCCAGCUCCAAGGCUGGUGUUUCGCAAGUGCUUAAUCGUUACACAUAUGCCUCUACACUUUCACAUCUUCGCCGAACCAACACGCCAAUUGGUCGUGAUGGCAAAAUUGCUAAGCCUCGACAACUUCAUAACACUCAUUGGGGUCUUGUCUGUCCAGCUGAAACGCCGGAAGGCCAAGCUUGUGGCCUUGUUAAGAAUUUGGCUCUGAUGUGUUGCAUCACUGUUGGUACACCGAGCGAGCCGAUCAUUGAUUUCAUGAUUCAACGCAAUAUGGAAGUCCUAGAGGAGUUUGAGCCUCAGGUGUCGCCGAAUGCUACCAAGGUUUUUGUCAACGGUGUGUGGGUGGGAGUCCAUAGAGAUCCUUCUCACCUUGUAAGUACAGUCCAAUCGUUGAGACGACGGAACAUGAUUUCGCAUGAAGUCAGUUUGGUACGAGACAUUCGAGACCGGGAAUUCAAGAUCUUCACCGAUGCUGGACGAGUCUGUCGCCCCCUUUUCGUGGUUGAGAAUGACCCGAAGAGUGAAAAUUGCGGCUCACUGGUACUAUCUAAAGAGCACAUCCACAAACUCGAAGCGGACAAAGAGCUUCCACCAGACUUAGAUCCUGAGGAGCGCAGAGAGCGGUAUUUUGGCUGGGACGGUCUUGUUAAAUCCGGUGUCGUUGAAUAUGUGGAUGCAGAGGAGGAAGAAACCAUCAUGAUUGUCAUGACACCGGAGGACCUUGAAACGUCGAAACAAUUACAAGCAGGCUUUAGUCUUCCUGAAGAAGAUAACAACGACCCUAACCGACGUGUCCGAUCGACCCUUAGCCAAAAAACACAUACUUGGACUCACUGUGAGAUUCAUCCCAGUAUGAUUCUAGGCAUCUGUGCUAGCAUCAUUCCGUUCCCCGACCACAACCAAUCCCCUCGUAAUACAUACCAAUCUGCUAUGGGUAAGCAAGCCAUGGGUGUCUUCCUUACAAAUUUCGACCAACGGAUGGAAACGAUGGCAAACAUUUUGUACUAUCCGCAAAAGCCACUUGCUACGACACGAUCUAUGGAGUUCCUGAAAUUCCGUGAACUUCCUGCUGGACAAAAUGCUAUCGUGGCAAUUGCUUGCUAUUCCGGAUACAACCAGGAGGACUCUGUUAUCAUGAACCAGAGCAGUAUCGAUCGCGGUCUUUUCCGGAGUCUGUUCUACCGAACGUACACCGACUCGGAGAAGAUGGUUGGUAUGACGGUUGUUGAAAGAUUUGAGAAACCCAUGAGAUCGGAUACCCUUCGCAUGAAACAUGGGACUUAUGAUAAGGUUGAUGACGACGGUAUUGUUGCCCCCGGUGUUCGUGUGUCAGGUGAGGAUAUCAUUAUCGGGAAAACAGCUCCCUUGGCACCGGAAGCAGAAGAACUAGGUCAGCGGACGAAGCAACAUACCAAACUCGAUGUCUCUACCCCUCUGCGGAGUACUGAGAGCGGUAUCGUCGACCAGGUCUUGGUCUCCACGAGCAACGAUGAUCUGAAAUUCGUCAAGGUUCGGAUGAGAACGACGAAGAUUCCUCAAAUCGGUGACAAAUUCGCAUCUCGGCACGGCCAAAAAGGAACCAUUGGCAUUACGUAUCGGCAGGAGGAUAUGCCGUUCACCCGCGAGGGCAUUGUUCCGGACCUGAUUAUCAAUCCCCACGCGAUUCCUUCUCGAAUGACCAUUGCUCAUUUGAUCGAGUGCCAGCUCAGUAAAGUUUCUUCGCUACGUGGGUUUGAAGGUGAUGCGACGCCGUUUACAGAUGUGACGGUGGAUUCCAUAUCCAGCUUGCUCCGUGAACACGGAUAUCAGUCCCGCGGCUUCGAGGUGAUGUACAAUGGCUACACAGGUCGAAAGUUGGUUGCCCAGGUUUUCCUAGGUCCAACUUACUACCAACGUCUACGACACAUGGUCGAUGAUAAGAUCCAUGCACGCGCACGGGGCCCAACCCAGAUUCUCACACGCCAGCCCGUCGAAGGCCGGGCGAGAGAUGGUGGUCUUCGAUUCGGAGAGAUGGAACGCGAUUGUAUGAUUGCUCACGGUGCUAGUGCAUUCCUCAAGGAAAGAUUAUUUGACGUAUCUGAUCCAUUCCGUGUCCACAUCUGCGAUAUCUGUGGGCUGAUGACACCCAUUGCGAAACUGAAAAAGGGCGACUUUGAAUGUCGGGCUUGCAAAAACAAGAACAAGAUCUCGCAGGUCCACAUUCCUUACGCCGCCAAGCUUCUUUUCCAGGAGCUGAUGUCGAUGAAUAUCGCGGCACGGAUGUUUACGAAGAGGUCUGGGGUGUCAUUACGGUAG